AUGACGACCGAAUUUUCCCACGUUGAGAAUUAUGAUGUCUCCAAGUUCUGGAUUGCUCCAACCAGGAACUUUCGAACCUCUGCUCGCUUGCACUGGCAGCACUUUCUCUUUCAAAACACCAUUGGCUAUCUCCUCGAACCUACCGUCGAGAAGUCCUUUUUAGUUUCUUCCCAGCCUCUAAAAAUCGCCGAUCUCGCUUGUGGAAAUGGCAUCUGGCUGACUGAGCUGCACUCCCACUUCGCGAAGAACAACAUCUCAGCCAUGCUGGAUGGAUUUGAUAUCAACCCAGUGAACUUCCCAGAUGCAGCCUACCUACCCAAAUCGGUCUCCAUCAAACAGCUUGACAUCCUUGCUAAGCCUCUUCCUGCCGAGUUGAUUGGUAUUUACGAUGUGGUGCAUAUCCGAGCCUUUGUCAGUGUGAUACCGGAUGGGGACCUUACACCUAUACUCUCUGCUGCCUUGGAGCUCCUGAAGCCGAGUGGCUUCCUUCAAUGGGAAGAGACUCGAGGUGAUAAAUGGGUCGUCGAAUCACCUUCACCGCAAGUAUCCAAAUUAGCCUGUGAAAGCAUUGUGAAGGUGUUCGAGGGUGGCCAAAAGGCCCAAGGCAUCAAUUAUGAGUGGGUAGAUGUACUUGAUACGCGUCUGUGCCAGUUCGGUUUUCAGGAUGCGCGAAUCAUUUACCAGGAGAAGAGAAAACAGGACUAUAAGGGCUGGACUGAAGACUACUUGAUGGUGUGGGAGGAGUGUGCUGCCUUUUUCCCGCCAAAGUCGCAGGCACCAAAUGCAACAUUGACACGAGAGGUAUGGACCGACAUGUUUGCAGACAGUGUUAAAGAGACAGAGCACGGCGUUGCAGUGCAUCAAGGAAGAGUCGUAACUGUGGUAGGCCGGAGGCCUCAACGAGUCGCUGAACCUAUCACUGGUGAGUAA